AUGCACCUGAACAAGCUCGUAGAUUUCAACUACUCCGUGGGAUUAGAUGUACUGAAAAAUUUUGACAUAGUUAACUACCUAAUAGUAGUCAUUGUACUGCUAGCAGUAGUGCUAGCCAUAUUUAAUGAAGACGCAUCGGCGGGCUCUCCAAGGUUAUCAUGGGUAUUAGGAGAGUUCCUACCAAUUCAGCAAUCGAUUUUUUCAUUAAAUGCCAAUGCAGAGAAGAAAUUAUUUAAGAAGAAAAAUAGCAAAACAUAUGCAUUUAUCACCUUUGUUUGUAAUUUGUUUAUCAAGUUGAAGUGUUCAAUCUCGGAAGGGACCUUUCUACAUCUACUAAAAGGGUUCUACAAAAAUGGAAUCAACAAAUUAGUACUCUACAAAAAUUUGGUUGUCUUAAAAAAUAAAUCUGAAUCGAAAAGACACUUUUAUUAUUUGAUUCUAAAGGAUAAGUAUAAUCUACCAAUUGAGAAGAAUGAAAAUGAAAUGAAGAGCUAUUUAGAUGCAAAAAGGGAACUGGUUCGAAUGAACAAAUGGGCCUUUAUGUGGAGGGUAUCAGGAGUAAAGGACGAAUACAUCACCUGUGAAAAUACCAAAGUGAGACCCAUAUCGUCUUAUUCUUAUCUAGACUUUAUAAGGGAACCACUCGUACAAAAUUCUGCCAUUAAAGCAGCUAUGGAAUGGUCUACAGGAAAUCAUGGUCCCAGAUUGCUAGGAGGGAAUAAUGAAAUUUUAAGAGACUUAGAAAAAAAGGUGGGACAAUUUUUUGGUAGAAAUGAUUCCAUUUUAGCCGUUUGUGGAUUUUUAGCUUGCAUGUCUGGGAUCGCAGCUGUUGCUAGGCCAAAUGACCUCGUCCUUUAUGACAGCCGAACACAUGCAUGUGUAAAAAUAGGAAUCCAAAUAAGUGGUGCCAAGGCAUACACAUUUAAACAUAACGAUUAUAACCAUCUAGAAAUCCUACUUCAAAAAUAUAGAAGUAAAUAUAGAACCUGUUGGAAAUUGUGUGUUAAAUAUAAUUCCAAGUUAUUUGUUGAUGAAGCACAUGGGUUGGGUGUACUAGGAAAAACAGGGAGAGGUUUAGAAGAGCAUUUCAACAUGCCAGGUUCUGUAGAUUUAAUAGUUGGAACUUUUAGUAAAUCUAUCGGUUCUGUUGGAGGAUAUAUUGUCGGAUCUGAUGAGGUCAUCGAAUUUAUGGAUAUCCAUUGCAUAGGCAAUGUUUUUUCAGCCCCACUACCUUCUUACUGUGCAGGUGCUGCAUUAAAAGCCUUCGAAUUGAUAGACACACAACCUUGGAGAAUUGAGAAGCUGAAAUUCAACACCAAAUAUUUAAGAAAUGGAUUAAGGACAGGUAUGGGCUUAUGGCCAAAGGAUUAUCCAGAGAGUAAUAAAUAUGUCAUCGAAGGGGAUGAUGAGACGAGUGUCAUUCCAGUAAUUUUUCCAAAUGAUCCUGAUAGAUUACUAAAAAUUUGUAAUGUUCUUUUUCAAAAGAAAUGGAUGAUUUCGGCUGUUACGUAUCCUGCUUGUCCAUUGAAGCUACCUAGGUUUAGGGUUACUGCCACGUCUGCAUAUUCAUUGGAGUACAUGAACGACUUUAUUCGCGAUUUGAUUAAUGCGACUGUUAGCGUGGAGCCCUCUCCGUUUGAUAACGGCCUUUUGUGA